UAUCAUCAAAGAAUAAAAACGACUCUCCUACAUCACCUGUGGUCGUUUCGGAGAUGGAGCCAGAGGCUGAGAUCUCCCAAGCACCGGUCUCUACUGUUGCAGUUCCAACAGAACCGAAUUGUGAUAUCGAUAACGGCGUUUUGCGAGGAUCCGAUGCUGACCAAGCCAAAACAAGCGGAUAUACAAAAGAAAUGCCUAAAUUAUUGGAAUAUACUGAUAAAACUCGCGUGAGGCCGCAGAUCGUAAGACUACAAAAUAAGAUACAGGAAAUUUUAAAUGGCUUUGAAUAUUUUUUCGCACUCGAAGCACAGAAAUUGGAAAACGACAAUGUAAAAAGUAUAUUGAAUCAACCACACAAUUGGUACUGCAUGCCCUGUGGUUCCGGUUCCUGUGUCGAAGAGGAUAAAGUAGCAACAUUUUAUUUGGGUUUGGGAAGGAGAAAAGUGUUUCGUUACAUGAAAGGAGGCAAAUGGGAAACGAUUGGAGAUGUAAAGAUAGAACUUCCACCUGAUACUCUUGUAUACGCCGAAUUAGUAUAUGAAGCAAAACGGACGGGAAAAUACUUCUCCAAGACACGUGCAUUGCAUAUUUUGGAUGCUUACAUGCUUGGUGGAGUAGAUGUUAGCAAACGAUACUUAGAUGAUAGGUAUAAACUAACUAAGCUAUUUUGCGAAUCACUGCAGAAAUCAGUUCCAAAUGACUACAUAUGUGUGCGCGCCAAGGAGAGGUUUAUGCUGAAUCCUGAUAUAGGGAAGAAUUUGCGUGUCGCGCAACGUCGUGUGGAAAUGCCCAUUGCGUUCGAGUCGCGAGAGAGUCUCUUGGAACGU